CCAAGUUAACGCCGGCUUCCGAAACAACGCCAGCAAUGCGAGUGAUAUCAACAACACCAGCAGCGAUAACGACGCCUAAUAUGACAACGACUACGUACAGACCUUUCAAUGCAAGGUACCAAAGGAAAAACAUUACCGGACUGCUGUGCCAGACGGGAGCAGCCGAGUUCCUGUCCGUGCAGACACCCGACGCCUGCGACUUUUUCAUUGUGGAGUUUGCCACAAACCCGGCGCGGCCCCACCCUGUCUACUCGUACAUGGCCACGGUCGACAUCACUUCCCUGGCCCAGCAGAUAGAGGUGGUGAACAGGAUUCGCGUUGCUGCCAACGGUGCCUUGCUCCUGCUCGUCCAGCGCAGUGUGUUGCACUCUUUUACGCCCGACAGUGGGCUCGACCCGCGUGCCGUCGUGCGCGGCCUGGUGCAGCUAGUGGUGGACACGAACGCCCACGGCGUGGUGCUUGCAGACAGGCACCUCCACGAAAGCGACUUGCAGCAAGUGUUUGCGGACGCGAACGACCUAUCGAACGAGAUCUACCCCUACCACGGCCUCAUCAGAUACGACAAGUACAGUGGACAACGGGCUGAGCUGCGUUCACUGUUGGCUAAAGUAUCCAACAUGCCGCAUUUGACAUUCGUGUUCCGUGUAUCUGGCCUCAGCCGCACCUUCACGCAUCCUUAUUUCAACAACUUAUACAUGGAGAACUUAAAUCAACAAAAUUUGAGCUGGAUUAUCGACGAAGACGUGGUCCGGCCGCUAAUGACAAUUGACGGUCGCAAAUCGGUGGCCCUGUCCAUGAGUCUUAUGGCCAGGAGCUGUCCAGAGAACACCAUCAUCAAGGCCGACACCAUGAGCGAAUGCAGCGACAUGCCACUGGACUUGACACGAAUCUGCAUGAUAUACCCGGCCUUUCUUCAAGCCAACCACUGGUCAGUAAUGACACGGCGCUACAAUGGCGCACGUGAUGAUGGACUCACAAGAGACAUGUUUUUCGAGACCAGCGAUACAUUUUCAACUAAGGCUUAUAUGAUGGCGAAACAAAUAAAGCGGAGCGGCGCCGACCCGUUCACAUUUAUCCUGGAGAGGUAUGACCUGGAGCCUCAAGAAGAGAUCUACUAUGAGCAUCCAGAGGGAGACAGGAACGUCCUUUGCGAGGCCAAGACGUUUGGCUUCACGAACAAGACGAAAGCGAAGCUCAUGACAUUGUGAUAUAGUGACCAACAAGUAUCCGGCGCAUACCCCAGCACUUGAUUUCAACCAUUGACCCUUGUAUCGGCGAGCAUCUGCUCGAGCAUUUGUAGCAUUAUUACGCCCGUGUUUGUGCUUCAGCCUGUGUAAUUGUUCUCUUCAUAUUGUCCCAGCAGCUCCACCAAAAUGUCACUGGUAUAAACUAUUUACUAGAUGUAUUUACAGGAGAU